AUGGCGGCUGCUAGCGAGUUUCCAACAGAACUGGCGACCCGUCCUUUGGGCCUCACAGCUCUUAUGGGACUUGAUAUUAAUCAGAAACCUUUGCACAAAGCUAUCUGGGAGUCUUUUUCUGUGAACAGGUAUCCUGAGAGAGUUCCGCUAUCCUUCAGACUUCUACCGAUUGAUCACGAAUUUCCCAAAGCAAAAUCAAAGGUGAGCUUUCCUAUCGCUUUUAAGUGUAGUUACUCUUAAAUCCUUUGAUUACGUGAAAUUCUUCUUAUUUUAAGCUCUUUCAGUAUAGUGGGAGCUCACUCAAUGGGCUCUCUCGUAGUAGGCAAGUCAACUUGGCCCACCUUCACUAAAAAUUAAACCCUUUUGAGCUCUUGGACUAAACCUAACCCUUUAAACCCGAACGUCAAUAUGAAUAUUCUCCAUACUUUUCCUAAUACUUUCCUAAGGUAACAAUCAAGAACUGUAGUUGGUGAUCAUUUCCGUUAUUCUCAUGACCUUAGCUUAAUGUUUGAUUCUGGGGUUGUAUGACAAGGAGAAAUUAGAUACUGAAGGGUUAAAUGGACACUAUUUUCGUACAGCAAGGGUGUCUGCAUAGGAAGUUGCCACUGUUUCAUUUUUCUUAUAUAAUUUUAUGAAGAAAGUUCCAGGAGUGAUUUCCACAAAAUCAUUAAAAGAGUUAAUCACAAUUCAAUCAUACUCCUGGGUUUUUUUCCCAAGGAAGCAUUCUCUUGCUUCCUUGAGUUCUGACUUUCUUAAACCUUUUACUCCAAAGAUUUCCUUAGUAAUUCUCUGUACUGUCUGGUGUACAAUUCUUAGGAUGUUAGUUCAGAGAAUCUGGAAUUGGAUCAACUAAUGAUCCUGUAAUUUAUUCUUUUUUCUUUUUUCUCAUCGCUUGUCUGCUUGAUAUGGCAUUGAAAUUUUAGAAGUAAGUUCUGUCUCCAUCACUCAUGGGAUUUGAAGUGUUAACCCUUUAACUCCUAAGAUCUGAUUGUUAAUUUUCCCCUCCAGCUGCCACAAAUUUCCUUGUAAAUUAGUUAUGAGAACUUGAUGCUAGAUCAAGAUGAAAGCUUCUACCUGAUAAAUUUGAAUAUUCUCAUUACCUGUUUGCUGAAUAAUGUUUGGAUAUCAUUAGGAAAAGUUUCAUGUUAAUCACUUCUGGGAGUUAAAAGUUUAAGUGAACCUUUAUCUUUGUUGGUGUGCAUGGAGUCUCAGUAAUAUUUUCCAUAAGUGAGGGCAGAUACUGCCAUUAGUGGGGUCACUACCAUUGAAAAUCUUAGCAGAUAGCCAUAGCAAUGUAAGACCUCUCACAGAAGCAGUAGGCCUCCUGUAACCAGUGUUACUGAAAUCUCUGCUUAUGCAAGUUUAUGCUGGCUUUUUAUCACUGAGUCUUGUUUCCUUGUAGCGUUCUACCUAUGAGUGGUACAUACCAAAGGGUAUCUUGAAGACAAAAUGGAUGCACAAACAUCUUUAUCUCUCUCCUGCUGUGGUGGUCGUGUUUUAUGAGUUGGAUUGGGAUGACGUUCAGUGGAAAGACAGGCAAACUGAAUGUGCUUCAAAACUAGAAAGAGUCAGGUAAUAACAAGAGAGUGAGAAUGUUAUCUUACCCCUCUAUAACAGUGAACUUUAAUCAGCACUAAUGACAUAACUGAAAAUUUUUUAAGUAACAUGACAAGUGUGGUUUGAUUUUUAGACAAGAGGGUUGCAUUGUACGUGUUGAGUUUUAUGACAUUUUGCAACUUAAAAACAUAAUUCCACGCUCUCUGAUGGAUAUGAACACAGAAUUAUAAUUAUAUCAAAGUAACAUAUAAAUUAUUGUUUAAUUAACAGAAGAAAAAGACUUUUGUCCAAUCAUCAGCUUAGUGAUUUAGAGUGCAAUUCAAAUAACAAACAUCAAAUAAGUUUGUCAUAACAACAGUAUGUGCUCCUGAAAACCUCCCUCUCUGCCGAGUGACAAUCAGAUACAAGUUGUAAUAAGAACAAUACAAAUUUUGGAGCUAUUAUUUUCAAACUUAUCAGCUCAUUGACUGAAAAAAAAAGAAAUACCCAGUACAAUGAAUAAUUAUUUUUGUAUUCUAUAACUUCAAUCCUGCUCAUUAAACUAUUCAAAGCAAUCUUUUAAUUUCUGUACAGGACCAGCCUUCAAGACCAGAACACGAAGGUUGCUGUGGUUCUUAUCCAAAAGAAUGCUCCUCUUCCUCCAGGUAAACAUCAAUAAAAACAUAGACGUCAGAAGAUGAUGUCAUUAAGUAGAGAGUUUUUAAUCCAUGUUUGGUGUUUUUACUACUAACAUCAAACCACAAGCGACUGCCAGGUCUAUCUUGAAAAUCUGCCAGAGGCAUUAUGGCAAGAGUUGCGUGUCAUUUAUUGAGUUAGGCAUGGGCUAAAAAAUGGGGAAAAACUAUGCCCAAAGUAUUGAGUAUGGCCCAAGACUGGUGUCUGUAAUCAAGGUCAAGGGCACAGUUUCUUCCCACAUAGAAAAACAUGAUUGUAAGACUGUAUUUUAACAAGCUGGACCAGUGACUAGGGUACAAUUAGCCAAUCAAAGUCAAGAAUUUAAGAUUCCAGCCUGUUGACAUGCUUCAGAAAAAAAAUAUUCCUGUAUCCCAAGAUUUGAGUACCCUUCAUGGAGGAAAUUUAUGCUAUUAUAAUGAAUCACAGGUGAUGAUUUACAAGCACUAGAGAGGGCAGCAACACUGUGCAGUGCAUGUGACCUGUCAGCCAAAUCAUUGUUUGUCCUUCCACAUACAGAUCACUUGAUUGGCUACACAAUUAGGUAUUUGUUCAAAAUUUAUCAUUUUAGAUUGAUUUUGAUGAGAUUGGUUUUCAUUGAGUUUGCAAUUGAAUAUAAAAGCCCAACUUUUGUCAAAUAUAGGAAAAGAUUUAUUUAGUAAGAGUUUCAUAUUUUUUCUAUUGUAUUUUUUCUAGCUGAUCAAGAAAAGUUACAAAACAGGACACAAUAAAGACUAAGUUAGUUAGAAUUAUUUGGAAAAAGUGACAGUGAAGUAGAAAGAAAUUGAAAAGCUUUUACAUGAGUAAGCCUUUAACUCUCAAGAUUUCAUUAGUAAUUCUCUUAACUGUCUGCCAUACGAUUCAUGUGAUGUUUGUGUGGAGAAUUUGGAAUUGGAUCAACCAAUAAUCCUCCACUGGAUAUUUUUUCUUUAUUCUCAUUACUUGUCUGCUUGAUAUUGUACUGAUGUGUCAGGAGAAAUUUUGUCUUGGUCACUAGUGGGACUUAAAGGGUUAAAGUAACUUUAGACUCACUACAAGUUGUUUAGUUACUUACAUGGGAUGAGAAUGUUUUAAAAAUAAGGGAAUAUCUAUCAGAAAAUCAGAUGUUAUCAGCAUUUAUCAAGACUUUCCCAAGAGAGUUAACAGCCUCUCUAUUGAUUUGUGUUUUCAUCUGAUUAACCCUUUAACUCCCAGAUCAAAUUUGUAAUUCUCCUUACUGUCAACCAUACAAUUCUUAUAAUAUUAGUUUGGAGAAUUUUUGAUCAGAUCAACUACUUAUCCCCAAAUUGAUAUUUUUCUUUAGUCUCAUGUCUAAUCUAGUUGAUAUUGUAUUGAUAUUGUAAGGAGAAAUUCUGUCUUGGUCACUCAUGGGAGUUAAACGGUUGAAUGAUUAUACUACAAGUUAUCGUAGUCAUUCAUUCAAAAUAAAAAAGGAACAGGUUUGAAACUUAUGAGAUAAAUAUUUCUUCUUCUUCUUUUUUUUUAAGGCUGGAGAAUGCUUUUUAUGAUUUAGCACAGAGUUAUUACCAUGGAGAAUGUAGGAGAGUUAAAGCCCACAAGGUGAGGUUGCAAUUCUGGAAAUUUAAGGGAGUAGGGAGAAGGUCAGGUUAUUAAAAUCCCAGCCAGGAGGAAGCAACAAGCCUGUAUUUGCUUCAUGCUGCAGAAACUAGGGAGAUGCAGUGGCAGAUGUAAUAAACUGUAUCCACUGUUGAAUGGUCCUUGUCUAAAAUUUAUUUUCAACUGUCGCUGUCUACAUCGUCUUGUACAUAGAUGAUACGUAGAUGGAUGACACAGAUUGAAGAUGAGGCCACAGUCUCUGAGUGUCUUGAAUUGAAUUUUCAACUAGUCAGUAAAAGGGGAAAAGAUAGCGUUCUGGUUAGCUUUUUGGACUCUUUUGGUUUAACUGCCUUAGUUCGACAUAAAUUCAUGCUAAAGCCAUUGGGUUUUUUAGUAGGACACUCCCCCUGUACUAAGUAAAUUUCUCUUCUCAUAUCAAGGACAGAAAAGUAUCAGUAACUAAAACUGUCUGUUGGAAAAUGUGCCAAAAUUCUGGGUCAUAUACAAUCCUGUAUAACUUGCCUGGUAGCACAAUAUAAUGUUUUUAUAGAUUACCUUUUCACUAGCCAGAAUUACCAUCAAAAUAACUUUGUUGUAGCACCAAAAGUAAAAUUUUAUCAAUAUACGGAAUGAAGAGACACUUAUUAUGUUUUCAUGCUCUUUAUGGUCAUUAGGAAUUUCUUAACAAAGGAACUCAUCAGGUGAGAACUUUAAUUUGCAAAAGUGAUCUUUGUAUGUCAAUAAUUUGAUGUGAUCGAUUCUACUCAAACUACAGAACUACAUUUAGUGAAAGGCUGAGGGAAAGAGUUACCAAGAAUUCAUAGCAGAAAAAGCUUGUUGAUGUCAGCUUUGAAGGGUGUUACUUUGAAAUGUUUCUCAUUCGGUGUUUUUUUUUUUUUGCUACCCUCUUAUAUAUAUAUUAUUAUUAUAUUCCACCAAAGACAUCACUGAUCACAUUUUGCUUUGCACAUGGCCUCAACAAUUCAUAAAUCUCUUAUUUUGCUUCUCUACUGUUGUUGUAGCUAUUGUUGGUGCGACACCAAUUCAAGGUUGCCUUUUUCAAUGAGCUAAGACAAGACCCUCACUCUGCUAUCAAGUAAGUUCGUCAGUAUUUAUUUUUUUAUUGAUCUUACAAUGACAACAAUUAGUUGGCCAAAAGGUAGAUCUCAGUGUUUCCCUUUUUUUCGGUUAAGGGGUCAGGAAGGAAAAGGAACUUUCAGGGCUGUAUUAGCCAACUUUCUGUUGAGAGACUUUUUUGAGAAAAGAAAAUAUAAAGAGGAAAAGUAGAAAUGAAAAUUUUGAAAAGGACACCUUGUGAGAAUAUUAAACAAUAUACUUUCAGCUGACAGCAAUGCUUGUCUCUGAAAUGAUCAGCAAUUAGUGUAGGAUUUUCACAAGGUAUCUCAAGGUUUAGAACUAGGACAGUGGAGGAGAAGGAGCAAAUUUUUUUUUUAUGAAAGAAAAUGACAGAGAGUUAAAAGUUGUUCUGCCUUGCCACAUGACAGCCAAAGACAGUUUACAAAAUUGGCAACUCCUGCCACAGAUUUCUUCCCCCAAUAUUUUCAGUCUUCCUGCCUUGGAGAUCUCUCAACGUAAACUCCCAAGUUAGUUACAUUUGCAUAUUAACAUACCAGACAUCAGCUGAUUGAUGUAAGACUUUUUUAAUUUUUAACCCCAGGCACUACAGGCAAGCAUACAGUCUUCUUGGAGAAAUCAAGACAACUGACAUGAACAUACUAGAGAUCAAAGUUGUUGCUGGAUUUAUUAAUUACAAGGUUUGUGUUUUUUUCAUAUUUUAGAACUCUAAUCAAUAUAUAUUUGGUGUAUACCAUUGUAAUAAUAGUUACAUAAAAGUAAUGAUGUGAAGAAGACAUUGUACAUCUUGGAUGAGUUAAAGACAUGAUCUCUUAUCAUGUAAUUUUACAUUUUUGGGAUUAUGUACUCCUUUUGUCAAAUAUGCAAGGUAAAUUUUUCACCAGAUACCUUAAUUGUGCCGUUAAAUCAAAAGAUCUCCAUCUGUAAUUCUAAGUCUGAGGUGUACAGUCAAGUCGCUCUUAAGUGGGCACUUUAGGGAGGUGGCCAUUUAAUAAGUUUAUUUUAAAAAAUAUAAUCAGAAAGUUAUGAAUGAACUAUGGUACAGUACUGAUUUGGUAUUUAUUAAUUCUUGAAAUCAGUUUACCCACUUAACCAUCCAAUUUCAUUUCAGAAUGAAACUACAUUAUAGAAUGUGUCGCUUACAACAUUGAUGAAAUCUUCCUUAUUUCUCUCUGAUUUUAUAACAAACCUGUCGGUGACUGCUUAGGAGAAACACAGUACCAAAAAUGUUUCCAACAUUUUUUAAUAUGGUCACUUACAGGAGUGUUUUGGAAACAGUGACAAACAGAAACAAAAUGGUUAUUGGCAGAGUGGUCACAAAAAAACCAAAUAUCUUUGAAAACAUUUGAUGCUAAAUUUAGAUUCAGUGGAAUUUAAAUGUCCUAUGGGACCAAUAUAUCUGGUGAUUUAUAUCCCUCCUACAACAUAUAUUACAGACUUUUGAGUUAUCCUGACAACCAAACAGUAUUAACCAAUUUUUAUUAAUUGUCUCGCAGAUUUGUCGUCUAAGUUUCCAAGCAUCAGCCCCAUUAGAUGCCAUAUCACAAUUCAGAAAGCAUUUGGAUUUGUUUAAGGAAAAGGUUGGCUGUCCUGACUUAGCCUUUGAACACUCAGCCUGGCUCUCCAAACAGUGAGUAUUUUUUCUGUUUAGCCUCCUCACUCUUAACUGGAAGGUCUGCAUUCAGUUUGUUUUUUGGGCACUUCCAUAUGUACAGCUAAAGUACCUCCCUCCACCCCAGAGUUGAAAUAAGUAUCGGCCAAUUAUGAAGGGAAUUUGAUAAAAAUGCUGGGGGUGGGGGUAGGGGGUAAUCUACCAGACCUAUAUGUAGCAUCAAAUCCAGAGAGAGAACUUUUAGUCUCUUUAUGCUACAGAAACCAUGAUAAGCUUUGAUGUGGUGAGUCCUCUUUGGUUUGUGUUCUAGAAGGUUUUUGCUUUCAAAGAAACCCAAGCUGUAACCAGGAUCUAACAACUCUUGUUUCUUAAUGGAACUGAAAUGAUGAAAACAGGAGACUUUUAAAUAAUUUGUUAGUCAGUUCAAUGAUGAAUAAUUGUCAAAGUUAAUACAACAUGCUGUAUGGUAGGGAAUUUUAGAGGCUUAAUCAAUAACAAACUAUGUGAAAAAUUAAUACAGGUUCAGUUUAUUUGGAGAACUGUUUGAUGAAGCCAUCAGGAAUGGUUUGACUGCCUUACAGGUAACAAUGUAGAAGAUCUGUGUUGGCAUAUUGGUUUAAUGAAUGAAAUAUUUAUUUAUUAAAUCUACAAACAACAAUACAUCUGUGAGAAGAGAAAGAAAUUCUUACUAAUUAUGUUACUAAGUAUUCUGAAUUGGUAUUUAGAAUAAAGAAAAAAUUGUCUCCCAUUAUGCUAUAUCUCUUAUGAUAAUUGUAUGCAAUAUAAAUGAAUAGAAUGGAGUGUUUUUCUGUUUUAAAGGUACUUUUUUUUCAUCUCUCAACAAUCAUGAUGAUAGUUUUCUCCCCUAAUUAAAUUUUGGCCAUAAACAGAGAGAGGCACCUUAAUAAAUAGGAUUGAUGUAAAUGUGCCCAAACAAAUCUGGUCUAGUGACUGAUUAGAGUGUCCAAAUCAGUCAUACUCUCAGAUUCUGGUAAAGACUUAACUGUUACUUUAUCACAGACUCAACACCCAUGAUUUUACUAUCAACAAGCAGCAAACAAUGCCAUUGUCAGGAGACAGCUUUGCCAGGGCUUGUGUCAUGUAAGUAAAAUUAUUAUCAUGCCAGAGGAUUGCUGAGAAAGAUCUGAAGGAACAGUGACAGACACAAACUCAAAGGAGCAAUAUUUUUCUUAAUGAAAAUGACCAUUUUUUUAUCAUUAGUUGAAACUUACCAAUAAAAAUUUGAAGACUAGAACUCUCUGACCUUGGUAAUUUUGAAGUACAAAUUAUUUCCGAAGAACUUUUCCUGGAGGGCCUCACCCAGAUAAAUUGGGCUACAUACUUGUGCACAUGAGUGGACAUAGCUACAAUGGAGGUCAAAGCUUGUUCGGACAAAAACAUAUCCUAUAUCCCAACAUAUUACAAAAGGCCAUCUUUUGCCAAUUCAGCUGUGUACACAGAACUCCCCCCUCUAACAAUGUUGGUAAAGCCUAAGUUUAGGCACUACAUCCUGGUAACGUUUAUAAAGCACACAAAAUUUGAAAUUGUUUGGGGGAGGGGUAGGGAAGGUUUUGAUAUAAGUAAUAUUGCCUUAGACUUUAAACCACCCUUGUAGUGUGGGAUAAUGUUGAAUGUAAACUAGUGGCAAGAAAGGGUCAUAGAUUCCCUUCAGAGUACACCUUACCAAAAACUAAUUAACUACCACUCAAAAGGGUCAUUUGUUUUCUGCAUAUAAUUAACUUCUAUUGUUCAUUGAGUCUGAUGAGUUACUUUUUAGUUAAUACAUUGCAAUCUGUUAUUAAUUCAUCUCUAGACUACCACUCCACUUACUAUGAAUCCCUUAGAAAAUGCUGGAAAUCUCAACUUCUAUGGUCAGAGACCUUGGAGACAAGGUUUUCAAGGUAACUGCAAAUAUAUAAUUUUUUCCUCUUGCAGUGUUUUUUAGAGUAAGUACAAAAGGUGUUGAGACACUCAGUAAGUUUCCUUUGCAAACCAUGUACUGGUUGAAAAGCUCAGUGUUAGAAUUUUGUUCCAUUAGAUGAGAGAAAACUUUUCGUGUAUUAAAAACACUCUGUCGGAAAAAAAAAAUUUAAAACUUUUUUUUUGAGCUUAUUUGAAACUUGAUCUGUUGAGAUGCAAUACUUUCCUUUAAUUUGUAGAACUGCUGGGUUCAUUUGACUUAAUAUAUUUGUAGGAACAGAACCACCAGAUGCAGGAAUAGAGAAGGCUGGAAUUAUAGCCUUGCAGUCCCAAGAAAUCCAAGUGGACCAUUCUGUAAGUGCAAUGUACUGUUUGGCAGACUUUCAUUUCAAGAAAAUUAAGAUCAGAUAAAUGUCAGGGAGAAGUCAUGGUGACAAAUUAAGUUUAAAUGCAAGGUUAAUAUGACUGUGAAUUUUUGGUUGUGCACAAUUGCAUCAAUGAGCUUUCUAGCCAAACCAAAGCAAUUAUGAAUUUGAAAUCCCAAUUGCCAGUAUUACAUAAUACCUUGUUAGCAAAUACUCUUACCAUCAAUCUCUUUAUUUAUGCUAACCUAAUUUGUAAAUUUGGUUGAGGUACUUAGAAUAUUGGCUCCUUUUUUUUUUUUUUUUUCUCGCAGUGGGUUAUCAUUCCCCUUCUCAGUAGUGCAGUGGCUCAGUUUAAAAAGUACAAAUCACCCAGGAUGAAGAGAUACCUGAGUAAGUUCUCUCUUUUUUAACUUUAACCCUUUAAACCCUAAGAGUGACCAGCAUCAAAUUUCUCCCUAAAAUAUCAGCCCUGAAUCACAUGUUAAGGUCAUGAGAAUAAAGGAAAUGAUCACCAACCAAAGAGGCUUUUGAUUGGUGAACAAAAUCUCCUUGUCAGCACCUUAGGAAAUGUAUAAAGAACAGUAUGGAGAAUAUAUAGACUGAUUUUAGAAUGUAAAGGGUUAAGAACUUAGCAAGAUGCAACUAAAAGCUUUUGUUUCUUCAUGACAAUGUACAUGUAGUGCUUUUAAAAGUUAACAAAGUCAAGACAGACGAAUUUGCACUCGUGCUACACGAGAAUGCACUCGUUUUUAGCCAAUCAGAAGCGCGUAAUUUUUGCAUGUACAUUAUUAACGUUCUAAUAUCAUGAGAAAAGAGAGACCGCUGAGCAGUACCUGUACGACAAAAGAGAACUUUAAGUUUAUCAUUAUGUCUUGUGGUGUGGUUGUGAACAUGAGAACGCUACCCUCUAAACCAAUCAGAAGUAAAAUUGAAGCCAAUGGCGCCUUGGUUACGCGCGUUUUCCCGCACUUCAGGCAGGUUACUUGUUUUUUCUCUAAGUUACCCCUUGUGGUAUUUACCAUCACUGUGAUUGGUUGUUGGGUUUACCUUGGUUGUGGUUGGCAACACGUUAUUGAAAAGCCCUUAAGCGUGAGAAUCAGGGAUAGUAUGUCGAUGUUGGUGGAAGUUUGGCUCAUUUACAAUGCGGACACAACCAACUCGGACAGACAAUAAUUCCACGUCUGUUCAGUUGGACUGCUACAAUGCCAAAAAUCAAAGUUGGUCUUCUUUUUCCAUGUCAAAUUAUUGUCAAGGGGUUGUUUAUGAAUAGCAACUUUGGGGGUAGAACAUUCAAAACAGCUUUUCUCAACUUCAAAUUUUAGAUUUAUUUAUUUUUACAUCCAUAGUCUACUUAACUCUUAUUACAGGUGUGCAUACUUGGUUGGCAAUGUGGAGGAAUAUAUCACCCUUUCGCUUGAAUUGACAGGAAGAUGUAUCCUUGAAAAUAUUGCCUAUCAUCUGAAUAACUGAAUGUAGCAUUUUUUCUUGAUGAAAAGAUUCUCUUAGUUAGAGUUAUUUUCAAUGCAAAGUGAUGUGGGAUUGCAUUGGUUUAACUUAGCUUCGUAAUGUGAUUGGUCAAGAAAACUCGGGCCACUUUCUCCACCAAUCAGAUGCAAAACUAAAACCAACCACGACUUGGUCACCCGCUUUUUCCCGCGCUUUAGGCAGGGUGCCUGUUUAUGCUUUGAGUUCUUAUUGAUUCUUCAUGCUAGUCACUCUAAGGGGUUAAAGGGUUAAAGUGAUUUCCAAGUCAGGUGGAAAGGCUGAAAAGCGCCUUCAAAACGCAAGGUACUCUACGGUAACCAACUAGUAAGGUUGCAAAAUUUGGGAAUUUUAGAAUAAUAUCAAUUGACUAUUGUAGUCGUAUUAAGCUGAACAGAUUUUCUCUAAGUCAAAUCCAUCGCGUUGUAAAAGUGAAACAUCAUACCCAAUAUGUGAUAUUGUAUUGGUGAUAGAGUCCUUGAUUCAAGAAAACAUCAGAUGUUGAAAAUUCACCAGAGGAGAAAACAAGAUGUCAGACUAAUCUUAUUCACGUCAUGUCAGUAAGGACUUAUUUCAAAUGGUCGUUUAAAGAGGAUUUCUGGAAGAACAUUUAUUGUAGAAUGAGUUUACGCUGAGUUUCUCUGUUUUUGUCAUCUACGACCCUGACACUGGUGAUUUAAAUAUAGAAAGCACGCGCGCGCCUGAACGCGAGUUAAACGCGCAGGAAAGAGAGUUUCUUUCCCCGCAUGGCUGGUCUUUCGCGCGUAGAUAACUCGCGUUUUCGCCGAGCGCUUCUUACAGGACAAGCAUGUUACGAAAAACAACUGAAUUCUUAUCGCUGUAUCAUUUCUUAUUUUUCAUUGGAAUUACAAACAGAAUGAAUGUCCUGAGCCCGAGCCAGGCUGUGACUUUGAAGCAGUGGAAGAAGCUAAGGAGCUAUGGAAAACACUUAAAGUGACUUCACAGGCACCCCAAGUAUUUACCAUACAGAUGGAACAAAUAGCACCAUUUGGUGAGAAAAUGUCAACUCUAUUGUGUAUUUUUCCUCUUUGCACUGAUAUCAUUUCACAAUUUACAGAGGCAGAAACUGAAUUUGGCUGUAGAAACUGCUAAAUUCAAUUUCCAAAUACAGCAAACAAAAUCUUGCAGGGUAGGAAAAAACUCUUCUUUUAUACCCUUUGAAACCAAGGCUUGAUAAGGUGACGGGUAAAAUCUUUAAGCUCAAAAUAUUAAUGAGUGAAUGAAUUUAUUUUAUUUGUCUUAUGCAAAGGAGUGUGUGAUAUUUUAAUAUUUCCUGUUGUUUUCAAUUUUGUUCUUUCUCCAGUGGAAUGUAAGCCAGUCUUUGAUUCAGUUUCAACAACAGCAUAUUCUACCAUCCUUCUUCAAAUUUACUUAAGGUUUGUAAUGUCCUCUUAGAGUCGCUUAAUCCAAAACAGCUUUCACCCUUAACUUUCAAGCUCUUAUUAAUUCUCCAAACCAAUGACAGAUUUUUCUUUUGAUGGUGAGUCACGAGAAUUUCGUUUUAUACGUGACAAACAGAUUCCAUGAUGCCGUGUGUCUGUUCAUUAACAGAUCACAGACGACGUCAAAAUGUUGAAAUAACAAAAAAGUGAUACAUUUUCACGUCUGCACUGAAAUUAUUUAGCUCUGCUAUACAUGGUAACGAUUCGGUGAUUCUUUGUGAGCGUUAUGAAGUACGCGAUCUGACCCCAAACCUCUCUGGUUUUCACUCUGCUGCUACUGUCGCGCUUUAUCGCGUUUUACCCUCUGAACACAUGGAAAGAAAGUUUGGUGUUAUAUUUGACAAACAGGUUCCAUGAUGCCGUACGUCUGUUCCAUAAUAGAUCACAGACGACCUCAAAAUGUUGGAAAGAACCAAAAAGUGAUGCAUUCUGAUGUCAUCUGUGAUUUAUUAUUAAACAGACGCACCGUAACAUGUCGUCGCUUUCUUGAAUAUCCCUUGAUGGAUCAUUUUCUGUUCUUGAUUCUCGUAAACUUUCUGUUUUACAUAUUAUUAAAGUAUGGAGAAUUUAAGUUCUGAUUACUCGUGGGAAGAAUAUGGUUAAGAGGAAGCUUUUAACCACAACCUUGGUUCAAAACUGUUAGCACUGAAGUUAUUUAGCUCUAUUAUGCAUGGUGACGAUUCGGUGAUUCUUUGAGAGCGCUUUUUGAUUGAGUGUUGUAAAGCAACCUAAAAUAACCACAACGCUCACUCAGGACAAAGGAAAAUAUCACGAGAAGCUUAUAAAAACUCAGCGUACAAACAAACUGCCAUUAAGCGCGGGAAAAGGCGGGAGAUUGGUCGAGAGAGUGGCUCGACUUUUCAAGACCGAUCUUUGACCGUAACGAAGAAAAACUGAUGUAGUCUCGGAUUACCAUUGACAAUCAAUUAAAAGUUGUUCUAAGUAAAGGUCUAAACACUCGUUAUUGUUGUGUGUUGUUAUAUUUCAGGGUUUCUUGCCCAUUUCCCCUCCGAUUCUCGAAGAUUGCCGUUUUCUUUAGCAAUCAGGUAAGUUAAAAUAUUCCUAUAUACGUUAGGCUAGUGUUACUUUGUUUCGCCAAAAUAUGAAAGCACAGUUUAGUCUCGCGCUUACAAUAGCAAGGUAACUACCACAGCUAACCGGAACGAAGGUCGACCAUAAAAUGCACCAAGGAGAACUAAAAUCAAACAACUAUGUACAACAGUAAGUGUAGGAAAACGCGGAUAAUAAAGGCAUGAUUGGUUUGGUUUUGCAUGUGGCGUUGAGCUGAUGUCUUAUUGUCUAUGAUCUUGAAGGCGUCAAAAGUGAAAUGUAAUCAUUUGUGGUCACUUCGGGUGUGAAUCGCAACAUUUCGACUGCAUACUGCCAGUCUUCUUCGGGCGAUGAGGUCGAUCGAGUACACGUCACUAAUAUGCUCUUGUGCUCAGCUGUGAUUGGAAUUUCACGGCUGUGAUUGAAUGCUUGGAACAGGCUAAUUUCGUGUCUGCUUGCCUGUAAUCAUGCCAUGACACUCUGGAUGCUAGUUUGGUUGCAUUUUCUACUGGCCUGACUCAAUUUUUUUUUUAUCUUUUAUCUUAGUUUUAUAACCAACAGUGUGUUGUGGAGACUGGGUCCGCUCAAGGGGAGUGUGGACUGUAUCUUCUUCCAGCAAAGACCAAAGUCAUACCAUUUCAACUAGUGCCCCGGCCUGAGGAUGUUGGAAAACUACUUCAGGUAAAAAAAUACUGAAAUACUUCGCCAUACGAGUCUUUGCACUUAUCAAUAAUUUAUUCGUAUGAAAUGAUAAUUAUCGCAGUCAGAUGACGAGACUAGCAGCCUAAAGAGGAAAAGCUAAUGGUCUUUUACUAGAAACUAUCUUUAGAGUAUUGCUGCCAGUCCAAAGUAAGAUUGCCCCCCUCCCCCCGCUUCCCGCACUUUGUCAUUCCUAGGUGUAGAGUAAAGAAUUUUUGCCCAAAAACUUUACUCAGUGAUCCCAACCCAGGGCUCAAAGCCAGAUCUCUCGGUAGUGUCACCGGCAAAGUUUGACAGAAAACUUUUUUCCGGAGGAGACUGCUUUAAAAGAGACUUCAGAUUUAAGCUUUCUUCGUUGUGGUUCCUAGGUCACCUCCGUUGCUCUGGAGUUGGGGUCCCAUGUCUCGGUAUGCUGUACUGGUGUAGAGUGGCUGGGGAGGGGAGACUGGUAACCAAAGCCUCCCCUUUGUGUCAUACGGCUUAAAAUCCGCUAGCAAGGAGGAUCAGUUUGACUGGGAUGAGUUGAAGGUCAUCUCGAAAAAUUAAGUAAGUCAUGCUUGUUUUCCAUUGAAUCUUUAGCUACGGAGUGGAGUAAAUAUGAACAAUUAUUAACAGACAUAGAGGUGAAUUGUUGUUUCAGUUUGUACCACACAAACUGAAUAACUAGUGGUCCAAAACAUUUUUAACGUAUCUACCUCCCAGUUAGCCAAUCAGUGCGCGCAAAGAACGGUAUCCACUUGAAUGGUAAUUGCUUACAGGCUUGAAUCACAUGGCACUGAGAGUUCUUCGGAAAGUAAUUAGUCAAAUGAAUAAUUACGACCUCAGUAAGGUGGAAUUUAUUGUUGAUAUCAGUUCCCUUCGCGAACUCUUUACGCCAGAAUUGAACCGCGCAAGCCUAAAGUUAAUAUCACACUGAAGCAUGAACCACCCGCCCUUGUAAACGAGCUUUAUGAACUUCAGCUGGUUGUUGAGAGCUUGGAAGAUACACCGCUGAGAGACCUGAGGUAUGCCUUUUCAGUGUGUUUUUAUCUCAGUGUUAAAAAAGAACGUGAACCAGUUCUCUCCUCUCCUACCGUCUAUUUUUUAUCUGAAAGUAAUGCAACAUGUCUUUGCCUUCUCACAUUUUCGUGCUUUUGUCGGUUUUCGUGAACCUAACUCCUCUUUCAAGCGUUACAACAACAAUAUGUACCUUUUUUUAGAGCAUGGCCUGAAUUUCAGGAUGAGCAGGAAUCUCCCGAAAGAGGUGAGUUUUUAAAAACAACAACGUCUUCCCGAAUAUUAUAUUCUGAUAUGUCAGUGAAGAUAUUCAAUCUGGGAGAGCCUGGGUAUUUUCCUUCGUUGGAAGAUUAGAGCGUUAAAGCGCUUUUUGCUUGAGCGUUGUAAACCAAAACCACAGGAAUCACAACAGCCAAUCAGAAGAAAGGAAAAUAACUUUAAGAGCCAAUUAGAGUGCAAGGUAAAACCGAAGUUUUACAUCUGAUUGGUCAAGAGAGUGGCGCUAGUUUUCUGGACCAAUCACACAGCGAAGUUAGGCAAAAAUUUAAUUUUUGUUGAUAUGUUUUCGUUCAAAAUGUCAAGUUUCUGUUAAUUGUAUUCCCAGGCGCUUUGAUUUACUCAGAAGUGCCCGCAGCAGAUCAGGCUGAGAGAGAUGCAACGAACUUUUUGGAAUUUACUGUGGAUGGAAUGACUGAUAAG